UCGAGAAGGACAUGUCGAGCAGGAUCGUAAAGUUCAUGACAGAGCUCGCGAUACGGUGGCAUCAUGGAAAUGAAUUCCCUGGGCAUCUUUGCGUUUCUGGGACUACUGGCUGGAAUAUGGGCUCGGAUCAAUGUGCUACGGCCUCCUUGUGACUCCCCUGAAGUAGAGGAGGCUGCUCUGGUGGCUCAAGAAUACCUCAAUGCCCAGCACACUCAUGGGUACAAGUACGCACUGAACAGGAUUGAGGAUAUCAAGAUCCAUAUUACCCCAACUGGAGACAGCAUUUAUGUCCUGGAAAUUGACCUGCUGGAGACAGACUGUCAUGUGUUGGAUCCCACUCCUGUUGUCAAUUGCACAGUCAGACCUAAAAUAUUUACGGCAGUGGAAGGAGACUGCGAUGUGGUGCUGAAGAAGGUUCAUGGAGCUCUGGCUGUCACUGCAUUCAAGUGUAAAACAGAGGAAUCAAGAGAGGACAUGUGUAGGGGUUGUCACACGCUCCUUCCUCUAAAUGACACGGUGGCGUUGAACUUUGUCAGUGCUUCUCUGGCGACCCUUAAUAAAGAUGUGAAUAAAACUUACAGUAUUCUGGAGGUUGGAAGGAUGUUGUCACAGGUUGUGUCUGGUGGGCCACUGUAUACAGCAGAAUAUGUUAUAAGUGAGGCUAAUUGCACUGAUGGUGUCUGCGUGCCCUUGAACGACGCCAUGGCUGAACGGGGUCUUUGUACUGCCAGAGGUUCCAAUACCGCACACACAGUGAACUGUAAAAUGUUUCCCACUCUGAUGCCUGUUGUAGAUGCCAACAGAACUGCACCUUUGCCACCAAACGUCCACGGAGGGAGCCUGCCACACACGCAUGGUCUGAAACACCAUAAACUAACUACUAUCCAUAACCCUGAUCUAAGCACCCUGCUAUCUUCAGAAUCAAAAGAGUCAGCUGAAAUUGUACCUGUAGCACCUGCAGCUGUUGAUGCUGCUGCAGCUGCAGAUCCUGCUCCAGCUGCAGAACCCGCUCCAGCUGCAGAUCCUGCUCCAGCUGCUGACACUGCAUUCGACUCAUCCAGUGUGGAGAUCCCUGUUUUAAUGUUUAAGAGAGAAGUGCAUGGCACACCUGCAGCAGACGCCUCUCCCUCAAAAGGGCCUCACUCUAAUAAGGGCCUAGUUUCUCCUGUGCCUUUGUGCCCAGGAAGGGUCAGAUUCUUCAAAUGAAUAGCUCCCACAGACCCUGUAUUUGCUUCCUUCAGAUACACUGGUGCUAGAGUAACACUGCCUGAUACAUAAAUGUAUGCCAUGGAAGACAGUUAUGGCACCAAUACAUUUCUCAUUGACAAGGAAUAAUACACUGUUAAAAACUGAUGAAUCACGACCAUA